GACAAAAAAAUCAUAUUUAAACUUUUUUUCAAUAUUAUUUAACUUCCAAAUAAUAUGUGUAUUGUGUACAAUUACUUCUAAAAAGAAUAUAGAAAGUCUCUGGUCUCAUCUUUUAGCUCUUCUUAGUAAAUUAAUGUAUGAAAUAGAUUGA